AUGAGGAAUUCCAUGCUGGUAGCGUUGAUCGUUGCCGCUACGAUCGUCGACGUCGUCGUCGUUGCUGGUGCCGAGGACGUAAUUACACAAUCAAAUAGUUCAAUCGUAGUAUGCGAAGGAGGUGUCGCCGAACUUGCCUGCCCUCGAGGCACCGUGAUCUCCAUAGCGUUAGCGAACUACGGCCGUUAUUCAGCUCGAGUCUGCUACGAAAACGAAGAUUUGGACGAUGUGGUCCCGAUGGCACAAUGUCAUAAUCCACGAACGAUGCCGACAUUGAGAAAGAGUUGUGAUGGUCGUCGUGAAUGUCAUUUUAUCGUGGAUAACGAUUUUUUCGUCCAUGAUCCAUGUCCUGGAACGAAGAAGUACCUGGAUGUCACUUAUGUUUGUGUUGUAGAGGUAACAACAACCACGACCACUACCACUACCACCACUACAACUACUACAACGUCAACAACCACUGAAAUUGAGGAUGACGUUAAGAAAGAUAUGGGCGCUCAAUUAACACCACAAACAUGUGCUAAGACGUCCAGAAGAGGAAUCGAAUGGCCUGCAACCGUUUCUGGAACGACAGCGACGCGACCGUGUCCGGAAGGAACGAGGGGUACUUCGUCGUGGCGAUGCACAGUGGACGGUUUGUGGUCGGAAGAUGGACCGAACACGAUGGAAUGCCAGAGUGAUUGGACGAUACAGCGACAAGAUGCGUUAGAGGAAACGAUCAAAGAUCAGGAUGCGAGUGGAAUCCCAGAGUUACUCCGCGCGAUGACAUCCGACACCCGUCGUCCGAUGGUGGCCGGUGAUCUGCCGAAACUGCUCAACGUUUUAGAUGUGGUCCAAGAUUUGGUUAGCCGUGAACCAUGGGCUAAAAGUAGUCAGAAAUUGGUGAACCAGCUAAUUGUCAACGUUGUUCACAAUGCCCUUCGUGCGAAGGAAAUGUGGCGUAACUGGCCGCUAAAGAAGCGACAAACAUUUGCGACAAGACUAUUGUCGUGUGUGGAACGAGCGAUGACAUCCGGAUCACUAACUGUACAUUCAUCCGAAAACUAUGUACAACCGCUGGUGAUGACAGAAAUGAGCGAAAGUAUUAAGUGGAAUUUUCAGACAUCCGCACAACAAUCGAACUACUUUUUGUUCCCAUCGAUGGCGCUUUGGGCUGGUGAAAAUAACGUGGAUAGUGUGGAUAUACCGAAAGAGGCGUUGGAAUUGGCUGGAUUAGACCGUUCCCGUGUCUACUAUGCAUCGUAUGCGAAUAUUGGUGACGAAAUGGAGCCACCGGUCGAGUUGAUCUCCCCGUCGGAGCAACAUCCACAAGGUGCCGAACGACGUCGACGUGUUGUUUCUCGUGUUGUGGCCGCUUCUGUAGUUUUGGAUGGACGAUCAGUGAGAUUGCCAGCGCUACCACGACCGAUCAUUGUCACCUUCCACCAUAAUCCCGAGACAUUACGACGAAUGUCUUCACCGCAAUGCUCCUGGUGGGAUAUGGAGGAUCUACAAUGGUCCUCUUCUGGAUGCUCACUUCAAUCGCAUAAUUCUACUCAUACCGUAUGCGCUUGUAGUCACAUGACACAUUUUGCUGUUCUCAUGGAUUAUGUAGGUCAUGAGGUAAAUUAUGCUUUCCAUUAUGUGGACGUAGAGCCAGUUCCUACCAUGGACAGUCAUCUUCUCACGGUGAUCACAUAUGUUGGCUGUACAUUAUCGAUCAUUUGCCUCAUUGUCACAUUUCUCUGCUUUGUUAUUUUCGUUAAAGGAGGAGGCGAUAGGGUGUUCAUUCAUAAAAAUCUAUGUGCAUCACUUGGUAUCGCAGAAAUAGUGUUUCUCGCUGGAAUAUGGAGGACCGAGGAAAAGUUUGAAUGUAGCGUCAUUGCCGGUUGUCUUCUAUAUUUCUUCCUAUCGGCUUUAACAUGGAUGCUACUGGAAGGAUAUCAAUUGUAUCAAAUGCUCGUCGAGGUAUUCCCGGCUGCUAGACGCCGUUUAACGUUUUUCCUCAUCGGUUAUGGAGUUCCUGCAAUUAUAACCGGAGCGGCUGCAUAUUACGAUCCAUCAGGGUUCGGAACUCGUCAUCAUUGCUGGCUACGAACUGACAACAUGUUUAUCUUAUUCUUUGUCGCUCCAGCUGCUCUUAUAUUGCUGACAAAUACGAUGUUUUUGUUUAUGACUAUGUGUAUAGUAUACAGGCAUUCCAAGUAUAUACCGUGUAGGCAUACUACGGAUAAUGGAGGAGAUAUCAGGACAUGGGUGAAAGGAGCGAUGGGUUUGGUAUGUCUUCUUGGUGUCACAUGGACAUGUGGAUUAUUGUGGAUCGAUGAUGGACAUUCGAUAGUGAUGGCUUACGCUUUUACGAUCACUAAUUCGCUACAGGGAUUGUUCAUCUUCUUAUUCCAUGUGGUUUUCUCGGAUAAGAUGCGACACGACAUGUCACGUUGGUGCAAUCGACGUCACCUGCCCUGGAACGCUUCUGGAUCCCACGAUAUCACCAAGGAAAAUCAUAAACGUGGCACGAUGUCGCCAUCUGAUCGAAGUGGAACCGGCAGUGAAUUUAUUUACCCCACGUCAGAAAAACUGCAUUCUUCGAGAGGUCUAGAUUCAUCCUUGCAUUCUAACUAUCCUCAGCAUCCACUUAUUCAUCAUUAUCAUCACAAUCCGCCGGCAAAUGGCACUUACGACUAUGCGACAAUCGCUUACGGCGAAAUGGUGCCUGGACAUAUGCUGCCGCCUCGUCUGGCGGCCGCAUAUCCGCAUCCAGGCGCGGCCGCCGUUCACUACCCGAACUCAUACGCCGGUGACUUGGACGCAGUCUAUCAACCACAAAUGUUUCAUCAUAGACCACCGCCUGACUUCUCACCACCGCCGCCGCCACCGUCUCAGGCACAGCUGGCCAAAGCGCAACAGUUUGCGCCGGCACGACCACCGUCGUCGAAAAUGAGCGACGACUCGGCCUAUUCGGAUGGCGGAUCGUCAUCAGUGCUUACCACUGAGGUCACCCCAUCCGGUGCUACUGUGUUGCGUAUGGAUUUGGGUCGAUCUCAACCGAAUUAUUGGGCUAGGAAUGUUUAA